CCGCUGCAAACCCUGAGGACACAUUUUGGGAUUAUCUAUGGUGUAGAAGUCCUCGAGGAUGAGCGUUGGGUUUAACAAUGGUGAAACUCCCGAGGGAAGCCACCUGUGGGAUUUCCUGCCAGACAAAAUCCCCGAGGAUGAGGGCUGGGAUUACCCUUGGUGCAAACUCCUGAGGAUGAUGGCUGCUCCAGCAGACACUUUGCACUCUCCAGCAGGACCCUUGGAGCCCAUGCUGUCUCUCCCUGCCCUGCCCUGGCACCAGGGGAUGUUCCCCAUCCAGUUCACCCAGCAUUCCCUGGAAAAGAGCUGUGUGUAUCCACACUCCUGGAAAACUUCACAGCUUCCCCCAGGGCUGCAGGCACGGGAUCUGGCUUUGUGUCCAUCCAGCACAGCCAGGCCAAGCCAGGCCUGGCACUGCAGCUUGGCUGAGGUUUGUCCCUUGCGUAAGGGCCACAGUGAUUUACAAGAAGUGACAAAUCUCGCCCGUAUCCGUUGGGGACCUUGCACAAGGGCUCAGGCACUUCCCCACCUCCCGUGGGUGACUCAGAGUGGAAGCGAGAGCCGGCGUGGGGAAACCCCCGGAGUGUGGAGGGGCCGGGGGCAGCUCCUGGUGCUCUCGAAGGAUUUGCUCCGCAUGAACUUGGCCUGGUGGCCCAGCCACUGCCAUCACCACCGUGCCACUGCCAUCGUCACUGUGACAAUGCCAUCACCACCGUGCCACUGCCGUCAUCACUGUGCCACCAUCAUCAUCGUGCCAGUGUUAUCAUCACUCUGCCACUGCCACUGUCACCAUGACAUUGCUGUCAUUGCCAUGCCACUGCUGUUGUCAUCGCUGUGCUACCUCUGCCAGACCACCACCUUCAUCCUCACCAAGCCACCGCCCUCGUCACCAUGCCGCCACUGUCAUCAUCACGCCACUGCCAUUGUUGCUGUGCCACCUCUGCCAUUUUUGGAGAGCUGCCUUCCCCCUCACCUGAGUGGAAAAAGCUCCCCCAGCUCCCUCAGUGUCCCCUGAGCACCCAGACAGGACGUGCUCCUUGUGGCAGCAGCUCAGGGCUUCGUGGGGAGAGCGUUCCUGGCGCAGGUGGGCGAGCUGGGACGAGCUUUGCUGUGAAAAAUGCCAUCAAUCCCAAACAUCCUCGUUGGAGACUCAGUGGGGUGAAUCUCCAUGUGGAAGCUGCUGCUGGGGUUGGGGCUAAGCUGGAGCAACACCUGUAGCUUCCUAAACAUUCCACCCCAUCCUGAGCAUCCUGAGCAUGCGGAGCCAGGCAGCAGCGGGCGUUACCCAUCCCUGCAGUGCUGCUGGGGCACCUCUUGCCGAGAAGGAGCCCGUGGGUGAACCCUUGGUGUGUUGAGUGUGCACUUUUGCUUACUGAGAAC